AGAUGCACGUGGAUCGUAGUGGCGAGCGUGCAGUGCGGCGCUGCGCGGUUGGAUCACCGCAGCGCGAGGGCCCCGAAGACCGCGCGCUGCCUGUGCUGCCCGCAGAACUCGACCAAUUCUCCUUUGCCGGGUACGUAGAGACGGCGCGUGGCAAUGCGGAGGUGUGGCGGCGCGUGGUGGCGGGGCGCGCGGGCGAGCUAGGCGGCGCGCGCGGCGAGGCGCUCGCCACGCGACACGACCUGCUACUGGCGCGCGACGCGGACCGGAUCGUGCCACUCUCGUAUACAGUAUCAGUGAACAGUUCGGUGCUGGGCCCCGACUGCGACGGAUACCACCACGAGUACUUUGAGGUGACGGAGCAACAGCACAUGCCGAGCAUUUUUAAUUUGGAUCUCGAUGAAGCAUGCAAUCAGGUUGAAUAUGUGAACGCGUCUGUACCGGAUCAUAUGGCGCGACUGGAACCGCUGCGGGAGUUCAUAUUGCCGCGUAGAGAUCCGCGAUAUGAUACUAAACUUCAAGAGUUCGUAACGGAACACGAGAGGAGCUACGUCGAUAACACGGAAGAAGCUGUGCGCAAGAACAUCAUAAUGCAGAGCCAUCGGUUCGUGUCGUCGGGCAACCGCGAGGGCGCAACUGUGGCAUUGGGCGUGAAUUUCCUGUGCGACCGGCUGGACGGAGAGCUGGACGAGCUGCGCGGAGUACAGCCGGCCGCAGAGAUGCGUAAGGCGGAGCGCUUCCCGCACUCGCGCCGCCAGCUCGCCGCUGCUGAGGACGCGCUGCCCAAGCAGUUUGACUGGCGCCCGCGCGGAGCUGUCUCACCUGUCCGAUAUCAAGGCUCGUGCGCGUCGUGCUGGGCGUUCGCUGUGGCGGGCUCGGUGGAGGGCGCGCUGUUCGUGCGCACUCGCCGCCUCGUGCCGCUCAGCGAGAAGUGCCUCGUCGACUGCGCGCACUCACAUGGCGCAAACGGUUGCAAGGGAACCUGGCCUAGCCGUGCGUACGAUUAUAUCCAAGAUCGAGGCCUGCCCGCUCUGGAUGAGUAUACGCCGUAUGAACCUAAGGUCGAUCAAUGUGCAAAAGUGUCGCCUGUCACCCGCAUCAGUGGUCACGUUAACGUAACUCAAAACAGUGUUCCUGCACUGAAGAUUGCCAUUAGACGCCACGCGCCAGCUGUCGUUAUUGUUGAUGCAAAGGCAAAGAGCUUCAUUAUGCAUAAGAAGGGAGUACUCUACGACGACCGCUGCGGCAAGACACGUAAGCAACUGAACCACGCAGUGUUGGCAGUGGGGUGGGGUGAGCGGCGCGGCGAGCCGCACUUCAUCCUGAAGAACUCGUGGUCCUCAAAGUGGGGGGAGGGCGGUUAUAUCCGCGUGCAGGCGCGCGCUAACACGUGCGGCGUUCUCACCAUGCCCUCGUACCCACGUCUGGAGGGCGAGGACGUGCUUCGCGACCUACCACCAGCCCAGCCCGAUGACUCCAACACCAUCAGGCGCAACCGCGACUCUCAGUACCAAGAUCUCUAAUCUUACUAGUGCCAUCCGUUUGUGUUAUCUUUAUAUAAAAAUAAAUGUUGAUUG